CCGUGCGGAUCAGUCGACGUUCGGAUGCUGCGGCGAACAGGCAAGCGAAGAAAGCUAAGUGACGCGACCGCGCUUUACUUUCUACUCCGGGUGAAUUCUCGGAAGCUGGCGGAUAUCGACGUUAAAUUUAGUUGUUUAACUUUAGUGUGCGGUUCACAGGUUUAAUUUUGUUCGGUGGUAAUCGAGUAGCGGAAAAACUUUUCCACUUCGCUCUCUGCUGUAACGACAGAUGAAGAGUAGUGGAAAGUGCUGCAGUAAACCGAUCGUGGGGGUUGUGGAUUUAUUGCUUGGUUGUCACCUACUGCGGUGUCAAUGAAAGUAAUACUGCAAGUGAGCAUUUAGUGACACAGAGUAGAAAGAUAAAACCAUCACUCGAUUGUCCUAUAGUGUCUCGGUUCAGUUUUCAAGUGCAACCGACAGACGUCUAGCAAUAGUGUCAAGUGUCGUAUUUUUUUUUCUGUGUGAGGGGAAUUAUAGUGAAAGAAACGGCACUGUGCAUCGUCAAUGUCAGUGGGGCAAAUCAAAAAUGCGGUGUGUGACAUGCUGUAAAUCGUGUCUGCAGUGAUAGCUUUCUCCCGGAAGAACAAUCCUGCCGGUCGCUCGUAAAUGCGGACGGGUGCACAGUGGUUUAAAACGCGAAAAACGUGAUCGUCAGCCUUUUGAGUAUAAAAAUGCCAUUUAAAUGCUACAGUGUACUCGACAAAGUUUUUGUAGAUGUUAAGGGGCAUCUUUUGAUGGAAAUGAAUUUUCGAUUAAUUCACCUAAAAGUGAGAUAAAAAAUUUAUAUAUUUUAUCCUACAAUCUUAUGUAGGAAAACAUUUGCUGAAGACACUUUGGUUCUAUCUCUUGAAAAUCGACCACAUACAGGUAGUUUUAUACACAGACAUCCUUAAAGUUUCUAAAAAUCGAGAAAUACCAAAUAACUUUUUCUGAAGUGAUUUUAGAAACCUACUAUGUUCUAGACAUUUUUUCAUAUUUAAAAAAUACAUCAUUCGGCCGAACAAACCUUGGGAAAAUUUUCGAAUUUUUCAUAGGGUUUAGGACAUUUUAGAUAAAAAAAUGCACUUUUUCAAAAUAAAAUUUCUCGAAAAGCUGCAAAAAGCUGCAAAAACAACAGUCUUCACUUGGAAGAUGGAGAUUAGUAUUAGCUUCCCCAGGUGGUUUCACUAGGUUCUUGCAGUUUCUCAAAGACUUGGGCGUGGGUGAAAAAAAUAGUUUUUUUUUGUUUUUCGGCGUUUUUUCAUGUUUUUUUCUCAAAAGAUGUACAAAAUCGAAACGAUUUUUGAUUUUUCAUUAGAAAGUACGAAUAGAAUUUAUAUUUACGGCACCGUGCAUUAUUUGGAAAACAUAAUAUAUAGAAAAAAUUGAUUUUUUCCGAAAAUAAUUGUUAUGUCACUAGUGUAUGCAAAUGCCAAGUUUUUUUUUAACAAAAUAAGCAACAUUCUUUGACGUUUUUCCAAUAGUUGAAUUCUGAAAAGAAAAUCCAAAGUGUUUUCAGCAAAGUUUUCCUACAUAAGAUUGUCUACAACUUUGCUGAAGACUUCGUUUUGAUUUGAUAAGUAAAUAAAAAAAUAAAUUUUUUAUCUCACUUUUAGGUGAAUUAAUCGAAAAUUCAUUUACAUCAAAAGAUGCCCCUUAAUAUCUACAAAAACUUUGUCGAAAACACUGUAGCAUUCAAAUGGCAUUUUUAUACUCAAAAGGCUGACGAUCACGUUUUUCGCGUUUUAAACCACUGUGGGGUGCUUUGGAAGUUUAUUCGAUUAGAAUUAUUCGAUUGGUGCUGAGUUCCUGUGGCGAAUCUAACAACGUGCGAAAUUAGGUGGUCGGCACGGUUAAACGAUUUCUUUCGGAACGGUUGGUUUGGCUAGUGAUGUAACAACCGGUGUGCGGGAAGUGUUGCAGAUUGCUUCGUUUAAGUUGCUGGAACGCUGUUUGGAAAUGAGAAUUGAUGAUGGUGAUACUUUAACUUUCGGCACUAAUGCGAUCCCGCGCUUCGGAAGCUUCGCCUGCGAGUCCGAGUUCAUUCACUCAGAUGAAUAAUCGUGUCGGAAAAUACAGUUAAUAUUACUUCCUGCAAAAUUCGCUACGUUUCCGGCAUAGAACAACUUUUCUAUUUAUUGAAACAUAACCUUGAGCUAAAGUGAACAAAGGUGCAGGUUGUAUAGAAUAAUCAACAUAACAAUGUUAUUGAGGGAGCUUUCAUCGUCAAGUGGUUGACCAAAGAAGAAUAUCACGUGACGAGUAGAACAGUAUUUCUAUGUAGUUAGGUGAUGAAUAUCAAAAUAAUUGUAACGUUCACCAAAUGAAGAAAUAAAAAAAAAAUGUUGAAAUUUACGAGCUAAUUCUGCAACUGAUACAACGAAUCAACAGCUAUCAAGAAGUAAGAAAUUGUGUAUGCGUGUGUGUUUGCCAACAAGUCAAUUCAAAGUAAAAUGUGCUGCUCUCAGUCGACCAAUUUUCACGGGAACCGUGUACGAUGAGUGACUUCGAUGCUGCCAAUGUUGCCAAUAUCAGUAAGUAUAUCGUCUCAUCGACCGUAUCCGGUGCCACUGCAGCAGGCAUUGGGGGAAGUGGCGGCGAUAACUCCUCGGAGGACAGUAAUGGCUUCCUCUGGUACAUUUUCAUCGACCGACAGCCGGCGGAGCUGAUGGAGCCAUGGGCCUACGUGGCAGCGGCAGUGACACUGUUCUUUAUCGGGUUUUUCGGAUUCUUCCUCAACCUGUUCGUGAUUGCGCUGAUGUGCAAGGAUGUCCAGCUCUGGACCCCGAUGAACAUCAUCCUGUUCAACCUGGUCUGUUCGGACUUCUCCGUGUCGAUAAUUGGCAACCCGUUCACGCUGGCAUCGGCCAUUUCGCACCACUGGAUAUUCGGUGCGAAACUUUGUAUCGCCUACGGAUUCUUCAUGUCACUGCUCGGGAUAACAUCCAUCACGACGCUAACGGUGCUGUCGUACGAGCGCUACUGCCUGAUCAGUUCACCGUUCACGUCCCGAAGCGCGUCCCGACGGGGUGCCAUCUUCGCCGUCAUCUUCAUCUGGAGCUACUCGUUUGCCUUAACGUCGCCGCCCCUUUUCGGCUGGGGUGCGUACGUCAACGAGGCUGCCAACAUCAGCUGUUCCGUGAACUGGGAAUCGCAAACAACGAACGCAACCAGCUACAUCAUAUUUCUGUUCAUCUUCGGCUUGGUCGUCCCGAUGACGGUCAUCAUGUACAGCUACACUAACAUUGUGGUCAUCAUGCGAAGGAAUUCGGCCCGCGUUGGUCGCAUUAACCGGGCAGAAAACCGCGUCACCUGGAUGGUGGCCGUCAUGGUGAUUGCCUUCAUGACGGCUUGGACACCGUACGCCGUAUUCGCGCUGGUUGAACAGUUCGGCCCACCGGAUCUGAUUAGUCCGGCACUGGCGGUGUUGCCAGCACUGAUCGCAAAGUCGAGCAUCUGCUACAAUCCGAUCAUUUACGUUGGCAUGAACACCCAGUAUCGGGCGGCAUUCGCGCGGGUGCGGAACAACGAAUCGCUGGACAAUAACACCACCAGAAACAACCCGACCAAAACGAUGACCCGCAGCAGUCAGGAUGUGGUUGAUUGUAAUUUCGACUUUUGUCGCAAAAGAAGCAGGCUGAAAGUGAGGUUACACAAUAGUCACAGUAAUAAUAGUAACAAUAAUAACAAAGCGAAUAGCAACAUCUUCCAACAGCCGAUUGGCGAGGAGGGCUGCAGUUUGUCCAAAGUGUCAUCGGGGGAGAAACCACGUCGGGCCCCGCGGAUGUUGAACGCGAGUGAUGUUUCCCGCCCGAUGCCCACCGCGCGGCAGAUUAUGCGGUCCGACUUUGAACUAUCUGUGAUCAACUCGGGGAAAUCUAUCCUGAUCCGAUCGAACACCUUCCGCUCCAAUCUGGUGUAACGAAGGCCGGACAGGAGCUGGUGUGGAAUCUGCAAGGGAUUUGCAGUGGCAACAGGGAACCAACGGGACCUUAUCGAAUCUUGGUAGGUUAGGUCGAACGAUGCGGGUUUUGUUUUUUUUUUUUUUAUGUUUCGUGUGAAAAUAGCAACAACUGUAGUAGUCCUAGACAGUCUAGUAGAAAGUAUUUAAUCCGUGUCAUUUUAUCAAGGGGUUUCUUGUGCGAAAUAGAUUUUAAACUUAUAGAGAAGAAAUUGAAUGAACACGUGUAUAACCCAUAGAGAUAACUGACGAUUAUUAAGCGUUUUUAUGUUCAAAUGAAGCAGAUAAAAUACUGCAAACUCUUGUUUGUACUGAAAAAUUAUUAGAAAUACUCGAAAAUACACAUUCAGGGAAAUAAGCCAACUCCUGAACCGACGGACGGUGAAGCUCGACAUUAUUUCAAGUUAGGUUUUGAAGGAUUUCAUGCCAAUUCACCCAGCCAAUAGUUGCAUGCAUUUAGAUUUCAGUGGAACUUCGUGAGCUUAGUUACGUCGGAAAUUUGUCUUUCAAAACUUUUCGUUCAAAAACUCAAGGAUCUUCAAAACUUGAGUCACAAUUGUAAUAUUUAUCGCUGGGACGUAACCCUAUUAUCGGUAGUAUUUAUCUCUGGUCUAGGCUUGAAAAAUAAUCAAAUACUUAGUUUCAUUGAUGCUCGAUUCAAGUUGUUUAAAGUUAAACUAAUUGUAAAUCUUGGUCGUACACGGUUAUGUUGUCAUAUUAGGAGUGCCGUGCAACAGCGUCUGACCCGGAGCGGGCAGCUGAAUGAUGAAAUGCGGUGCCUCGUAAGGUAGCAUACCGAAAAUGAAUUAUUUAAAGCACGUGAAGUUACUUAAUCUACCGAAGUUUCCUGGAAAGCUGGAAAGGUGUCGUCUGCUUCAUAGACGAGUUUGCGUGAAAUUCCAUAAAUGUUUUUAGUUAUCUACGGUCUUGUUUUUUUCGACGGGUAAAACAGCAUGGGUUCUAAAAAGCCGAUGAAAAGCGUAAACAAACUUGAUUUUCACAGCAGAGAAGUCCCAAUUUGACCGAAAUUGAUUACACAUUUCACCAAAUCUUAUUUCGAACCGAACAAGUAAGAACUGCCACACCAAUGCUAUGGCUGUAAUCGAGGAAUGUUUUUCCUUUGAAUUUCAUCACAAAACCACACACACACACACUCACAAACCGGCGAAAAGCGAGAGCCCACUUUUCGCCGUGGAUCAAACUACCAUCACAAUUUAAUUUCAUCGAAACUGGAAUAAGAAAAAAACUUCGAACCGAGCGGUAUCAAGAAGCAAUAGGGUCGAGCUUGUCAAAUUUAGGAACCACUGUGUGGCGCACGCAGUGCUCUCAAACAAUGAGCUUAUUGAGGUGAUUACAUUUGUGGUACUCUGUGUUAAUGGUGCUAAAAAAAAAAUAAAUACCCUUUCUUAUUAACUAUAACUGUCAAUUAGGGUGGUCGGUAUUACCGAUUUUUCGAAAAACCGGUAUUUCGGUAUUCAUAAAAAUAAAAACCGGUAAAACCGGUAAAAAACCGGUAUUUUCCUUUUUUUCGGAUUUAUGCAAACCAGGAGCGACUCGUGUUUUUUUAACCUACUUGUUCAACUACAAAAGUCUGAAAUCAUAGUUUGUGAUGACAAUCUUGUCCGCAAAAAACGCAAGUUAUUCUCACUGUACUAUUUAAAAUAAAACUAAAAAAUCAACAUUAAUUUUGAUUUUGAUUUUAUUUUUUGCUCAGCGUCUCUUUUUUUGUAAGAUUUAGACCAUUGCACAUAGGAGUACGUAGAACAAAAACUUGGCCAAAAUUUUUUUUAUAAGUUUUCAGAUAGCAAAUCUAGAGAAACAUUUCAAAAGGUCUAUCUGCUUUGAUCGAUUUUUUUGAUCGGUCACUUUCAUUCAAUCACCGCAACUUAUUAAACAUCUUUUUUGACACGUUAUUUGCACAUGUUGAUAGCGGAGGGAUUACUCUAUCAUCUGAACAAAAAAACACGCUUGGGAGAGUUACUUAAGCUAAACAUUUCCAAAAUGAAAAUACGUUUCGGAAAAACGAUGAAAGCAGAUAGGACCUUUUGAAAUGUUUAUCAUUUACAUUGUUUAUCAUUUACAUUUCUAAUGUGUUUUAAGAGCCAGUUCGCGAGAGGCGCAACCGCAUGUUGUUUUGAUGUUCCAAAAAUAUCGGUUUUAACGGUUUUACCGGUAAACCACCCUACUGUCAAUCCAAUGUCUAUUUACAGUUAACUUUAAACUGAAAUAAGGGAAGAAACGGAUCAUAGUUUUACAGUAAAAAUGAGAUGUUUGUCAGGUUUGGUUUAAAGUUAACCAGGAUGUAGCUUACUCAAGCUGUCAUUUGUUGCACUUAUCCAUCAAAACCAAAUAUAAUAAAGUACAACCAACGUAAAUUUCGUGUCAAAACAGUGCAUUUAGGAACAACGAAACCACUUGAUUAUAGAGAACGGUUCCUGUCAAAUGAAGUAAGAGAAGAAAGAAUACGAAAUAAAACAGAGAGCGCUAUUUACCAUAAGUCAAUAAGAAAAUAUAUAUUUAAAUUAUUAAUAGGUGUACAAUAAAAUAGAAGAUGUGUAAAUAAAUGAAGAU